UCUAUCUUCUCUGACGUCCACCAUCUGCAAACAAAUCGUAGAGCCCCCUCGUAAAGGACAACAUCCCCGUCUUCCCUAUAAAUUCCAACAUCCUUGUGCCCAAGUUUCUGAGAUCCCAGCGCUCAGCUCACUCGACAUAGAGGAGGGAGAAAAUGGCGAAAGCUCGAAAGCCGUCCAAGAAUGAAGGUUCCAAGUCCGAUUCCUCCUCCGCAGAAGCUCUCGUUCUUCACCAGAAGUUAUGCCUUUCGAUUGACAUCAUUAAUCGUCGAAUUCAUGGUUACACCGAGCUGGAGAUUGCUGUCCCUGAUAGUGGGGUUAUUGGUUUGCAUGCUGAGAAUUUGGAGAUUGAGAGAGUUUCCGUAGAUGGGGAGCCAGCAGAGUUUGAUGUUUUCCCUCACUAUCAACCCGUUGAAAUUGAGAACAGGUGGUGUUCUGUGUCUUCUGUGAGUUCUGCUGCAGAUGCUGCUGGCGUCACUUACAUAUCAGCACUGGAAAGAGAAUUAGUUCCGAACCUGCUGAUCCUUUGCCGUAAGUCAAUCGACACUGGAAACCAGCAGCAGGGACAACUGACCCUGGAAAAUGGGAGCCAAUCAAACAGCGAAGUGAAGCAGAAUGUGAAGUUGAUUAGAAUUGACUAUUGGGUGGAGAAGGCAGUGGCAGGAGUGCACUUUGAUGACGAUGUAUUACACACCAAUAGCCAGAUAAGACGUGCACACUGCUGGUUUCCUUGUAUGGACGACAGUUUACAGCGCUGCUGCUAUGAUCUAGAGUUUACUGUUCCUCACAACUUUGUUGCUGUUAGCAAUGGAAGGUUGCUUUAUCAGGUUUUAAGCAAGGAUGAUCCUCCUCGCAAAACUUUCGUCUACAAAUUGGAUGUCCCAGUCUUUGCACGGUGGAUAUCUUUGGCUAUAGCACCAUUUCAGAUUCUUCCAGACUAUAAUAAUAGCCUUCUUUCGCACAUGUGUUUGCCAGGAAAUGUCUUGAAACUUCAGAACACUGUGGGAUUCUUUCAUAGUGCUUUCAGACAAUAUGAGGCUUACCUUAAAUCUCCGUUUCCAUUUGGGUCGUAUACGCAAGUUUUUAUAGCUCCUGAGAUGGUGAUAUCUUCGGUGGCUUUGGGAGCUUCAAUGAGUAUCUUUAGUUCUCAAAUCCUUUUUGACGAGAAGGUUAUAGAUCAGACCAUAGACACAAGAAUUAAGCUUGCUCAUGCCCUUGCAAGACAAUGGUUUGGUGUAUAUAUUACUCCCGAGACACCAAAUGAUGAGUGGUUGGUUGAAGGCCUUGCUGGUUUCUUGACUGACACAUUUUCUAAAGAAUUUUUGGGCAAUAAUGAAGCACGCUACAGACGGUAUAAGGCAAAUUGUGCUGUUUGCAAGGCUGAUGAUAGUGGUGCAACAACUUUGAGCCCCUCCGGCCCUCCGAAAGAUCUGUAUGGUACCCACUCAGUUGGUCUUUAUGGCAGAAUUCGUUCAUGGAAGUCUGUGGCUAUCCUCCAAAUAUUGGAAAAGCAGAUGGGUCCAGAUUUGUUUAAAGGGAUCUUGCGAACAAUAGUUUCUCGUGCCCAAGAUGCUACUCGUCCAUUGAGAACGCUUAGUACGAAGGAGUUCCGCCAUUUUGCCAAUAAGCUUGGUAACCUUGAACGUCCAUUUCUUAAAGAAUUUUUCCAUAGCUGGGUGGAGACUUGUGGUUGCCCCACCUUAAGGAUGGGAUUUUCUUACAAUAAACGCAAGAAUUUGGUUGAAUUGGCUGCUUAUCGCGAGUGCACGGUUACUCCCAGUGCAGUUGCACCUACUACUAACAGUAACAUCGAUUCUGAAAAUCGGGAAGGUGAUAGUGGCUGGCCUGGCAUGAUGACUAUCAAGGUUCACGAACUUGAUGGUACACACGACCAUCUCUUACCCAUGGCUGGUGAUGCUUGGCAGCUAUUAGAAAUUAAGUGCCAUUCCAGACUUGCUGCUAAACGUUUCCAAAAGCCUAAAAAGGGUUCCAAACCUGAUGGCUCUGAUGACAACGGUGAUACAGUUACAACUGUGGACAUACGCUCUGGUACAGAUUCACCCUUAUUAUGGGUCAGAGCGGACCCUGAGAUGGAAUAUCUAGCUGAAAUUCACUUUAACCAACCUGUACAGAUGUGGAUUAAUCAGUUAGAGAAGGACAGAGAUGUUGUUGCUCAAGCUCAAGCAAUUGCAACAUUGGAAGACUUCCCAAAUAUCCCAUUUCCAGUUAUCAAUGCUCUAACAAAUUUUGCUGCUGACCCCAAGGUAUUCUGGAGAGUCCGAAUUGAAGCGGCGUUUGCACUGGCAAAAACUGCGUCGGAGGAGACUGGUUGGUCUGGCAUGCUUAAUCUUGUUAGAUUCUAUAAGGCUAAAAGAUUUGACCCUUCCAUUGGAUUACCUAAGCCUAAUGAUUUCCUUGAUUUCUCUGAGUACUUUCUACUUGAGGCCAUUCCACAUGCUGUAGCUACCGUGAGAACUGUGGACAAAAAGAGCCCUAGAGAAGCUGUUGAGUUUGUCUUGCAAGUCCUGAAGUAUAAUGAUAACAGUGGUAAUCCUUACUCCGAUGUAUUCUGGUUGGCUGCUCUGGUUGAAGCUAUUGGCGAACUUGAAUUUGGGCAACAGAACAUAGCUUUUCUAUCAUCGCUUCUCAAGCGGAUUGACCGGCUGCUGCAAUUUGAUAGGCUGAUGCCAAGCUAUAAUGGGAUCCUGACUAUCAGUUGCAUUAGGGCUAUAACGCAGAUGUCACUGAAGCUUUCAGAAUUCAUUCCUCUUGAUAGUAUUCUAGAACUUAUCAAACCAUUUCAGGACUGCAAGGCAAUAUGGCAAGUAAGAAUUGAAGCUAGGAGAGCCCUUCUUGACAUUGAGUUUUACUCUAAAGGCAUAGAUGCAGCAUUGUUGUUGUUCAUCAAGUUUCUGGAGGAAGAGUCGUCCUUAAGAGGGCAGGCAAAAUUGGGCAUACAUAUCAUCCGGUUGAGCCAGAUUAGUGCUGGGUCUGGAUCUAGUGAUGAUGUCAGGAGCCAAACUCUUGUGGCUUUACUUCGUUUGCUUGAAAGUCGCAUAGCGUUCCGGAAUGUUUUUCUUCGGCAUCAUUUGUUCUGCAUUUUACAAGUCUUGUCAGGGAGGCGCCCAACUCUGUAUGUUGUUCCUAGAGAUCACAUGCGUCAAACUGCAGAAAUUUGCAGUGAGCAAAGGAAUAAUUUCCUAGCUUUUAUCAAUCAAAUGAAGCCAGCAGAGCAUCCUGUUGAAAUCCAGAGUCCUUUCCCGGAUAGAUUGAUUGAAGAUAUGUGCAAAGACGCGGAUGCCAUAUCCAACAGUCAGGAGCAGAAAAUGCCUGUUCUGGAAGCUUUCAAGGAUAUCGAUACUGUAUCCAAUACUCAGGUGCAUGUAAUGCCUGCUUCAGAAGCAUCUGAAGAUGCUCAGAAAACUGUCAGAGAUGUUAUUACCGAUUCCGAUGCUCAGGUGCAGAUAGUUACGGCUCAGGAAGCUCUGAAGGACGUAGAUACUUUUGCCAACAGUCAGAUGCAUAUAACACCAGCUGAGGGAGUUGUUACCAAUUCCAACGUUCAGGUGCAAAUUAUUCCUGCUGAGGGAGCUGUUACCAAUUCCAAUGUUCAGGUGCGGAUUAUUCCUGCUGAGGGAGUUGUUACCAAUUCCAACGUUCAGGUGCCAAUAAUUCCUGCUGAGGAAGCUCUGAAGGUUGCAGAUAAUCUCUCCAACAGUCAGAUGCAGGUAACAGCUCAGGGAGUUUCCAGAGAGGCAGAUAAUGUUUCCAUAAGUCAGGAGCGGAAGACGGCAGUUUUUAAAAUCAGGGUCAAGCAAACAGCAACAUCUAACCACGAGAGAUCUCAGGCGGGUCAUAAUGAAAUUCAUCCAGUAGCUAGCAGUUCUGUUUCUGUUGAUGCACCCCAAAGAAAUUUAACAGAAGCUGCUGUUAGUGUAAGCAAUCAAAUCACCGAAGAAGUGAAUUCAUGCCAGGGUCGUGGGUCCCAUUCCCAUAUGACAGCCAGUAUUGGCAGUGCCAAACUAGCUACAGAAGGUGAUGAGUUUGGGAAAGAGCUCUUGUGCACUGCUGAUUCAAGCAACAUUCCACCACUACAACAGCUUGAAGAUCGCUUAUCACCCAGUGUUGCCAAAGACAACCUUCCGAGGUUGGAGAUGCAAAAACAAGAAACAUUGCAAUCACUGUCAGUUGCAGCUGAAGAAGUCGAUGUGGUUUCACAGAGCACGGUAAAUCCAGAAUCGCAUGGGAAACAUAAGUCGAAGAGGAAAGAUAAAGAAAAGAAAAGAAAGAGGGAUGAUCCUGAAUAUUUAGAGAGAAAGCGUUUGAAGAAGGAGAAGAAGAAAAAGGAAAAGGAAAUGGCGAAAUUGAUGAAUGAGGAAAGAAAGGCCGGAUCAGGUGAUAGGCACAACAGAUUAGACAACGACAAAAGAUUGUUCAGCAAUGAUACAAACACAAUGGCCAUAUCAACUGAUUCACUGGCUAAGACUGGAGUACCUGCAAGGAAUUUGGAAAGUGUUGGGCGUAAACCUCGGGACCAAGAGAUUCCAGUAGAGGCGCCAUUACCAUUGCCAAACAGGGAUGAGUUUGAACAUCGGGAGGCGACUGUAAAAUUGAAACAAAAUGAAUCAAGUGGACCAAAAUUAGUGUUGAAGACAAGUGAUAAUAAACCUGGAGCCCCUUCAGGCGGUACAGGCCACAAACUGCGAAUCAAGAUAAAAACCCGAAGAUAAAGCCCCCAACAAAAUUGUAAUAAAAACUAGAUUGUAUGUUCUACCUUCUUUUUUCUUCAGGCCUUGCAAAUGGUUUGAGCACAAGGGAACUACCAUAUAGUGCCUAUUUUCUUCCUUGUGGUUUGUUCCCUUUCCAUGCCACGCUAAGUUCAUUUUAUAGUCGAAGUUGCCUGUAUUGAUUUUUUUUGUUUUCUUUUGAAUUUUUCCCCCAGUUAAUUGCAGUUCGAAUAUAUCGGGGUUUUUCCCCAAUUUAUUUCAUUUGGAUGCGAUGCCAUACCAAUGGUUUGAGAUUA